GGCGCAGUCAGUAACACCCCUGUCUUCGUGUUUAUGUUUUUUUUCGUUGUUACUAUUAGAGUGUGUAUUAAAAUUAUAAAUGACUUAAUCGAAUUGGUUUUAAGAUGGCUGGAGGUUACCAAGACAGUGCUAGUAGCCGCUUGAUUCCUUCAGAGAAGUCAAGGAUGAGAGAAUGGGUCAAAACUCACAAAGCGAAAACAUGUUUGAUCUUUCGGUUAUGUGGCUACUCAAGCGGAUCUUCUCGAUUACAUUCGGAUUUAAGGGAUCGAAAACAAAAAAACUGGCUAAUUUUUAAAGCACUGAUGGAAGCCGGUGAUAAACGACAAAGGGGUAAUCUGUGCGCUGUUCUCAUCAAUUAUUCAUGGAGAAGGGAUCACUGCGAGGUCAGGAGACUACUGAACAUAGAGACACACACCGUGCCAAGCUGCCAUUACAAGAAAUACAGGCUCAGGAAAUGUAGACUUCAUCAUAUAUUUAGGCAACAGAAAACUUAUCCCUUCAAAUUCCCCCCUCCGAAAAAAGGUAAAACGAAAAAUGUUACACCGCAGGUACGAUAUUAUCUGUCUGAGGUUCUCAGGGUUUACGCGGAGGAGCUGUUUGGUCUCCCACCAAGAGGCCCCUGUAACGGAUCUGUCACGUGACGCAAGUUUUUGCAAGAAGCUGUACACAAUGCAGUACAAGACUGACAACAUGAACACUUCAUUAUUGGGCAGUGACUCGUUUAAGGGGGACGACACAUUUGGAUACAGUGAUGCGACACAAGUUUCACCUUCUUUGCCACUGCGGGAAAAUGAUGAAGAAAUGAAUGCUUGCUCAUUGCCGAAGACUGCCAGAGACGACACUUCUCAUUGCACUCCAAGUGAACUUUCUCGAAGCUGUAUAGAAACACCCCUCAUAUCCCUUACAGGAGAACCUCACAGCUCCUCAAUCGGGGACCUUACUAUUGACAGCAAGCUGGUCUUCCCCUGGAUGACAAAAUCUAUGAAAAAAUUCAGGCAGAAAAGUUACAGCUUUUGCGAUGCCUCCGUCAGUGCAGAGAGCCGACAUGAUGGCUCAGGUGGCUGUAAAAGGACGCGCACGUCGUACACCACCAGUCAACUGCUGGAGCUGGAAAAAGAGUUCCAUUUCAAUCAUUACCUGUGCAAACCACGACGCCUCGAGCUGUCCAACUUAUUAAGGCUUAGCGAAAGACAAAUCAAGAUCUGGUUUCAAAACCGCAGGAUGAGGCAUAAAAAAUGCGAACACAUAAAAGAAACCGGUCCUCCCCCUUCUCCAACAGCAUGUAUUCCACCAUCCAUGCAAAUGGACAGUAGGUCUUCACUUAAAUCAUCUACGAAGAAUUACGUGUAUCCCACGUCUGUUAGCCAUGUCCGUAAUUACAAUACAUGUUGGAUGAGCCAGGUUAUCAGAAAAUCCGGGAGUCAUUGUCCUUACGCGCAAAAACGUAGACCUACAAAUGAUGAAACAAGUUUUACCUUUAGUAGGCAAGGUUGUUGCGAUAAUUUUAAGGGUAACUGUGAGGAUUUUAUACCGUUCCCCGAACCCCAAAUGUGCUGGCUUAGUCAUCAUAGGUCUCAUAAUAUAUCUGGCCCCUAAGUUACCCCAAAGAACAGUGAAAGCAAUCAACCGUCUGAAACACUUUUACGCACAGAAAGCUCACAUUUCUUUAUUAUUAUUUCUAAGGUUCACAUAAAACAGGAUUUUGUAUAUGCUAGUUGUAAUAGUGUAUUAACCCUUCAUGUAAUACAGGAUGGUAUUAAAAUUAUUAUCAAAAUACAAAAAUGUAAAAUAAGAUAUUCAAAUUAUUUAUUCUGAUAAAACUGCUUACUUGGGUUAAGCCUUUGUUGUAAUAAAUAAACAAGUUAUAACAUAAUUUUAAGAAGUACAUGCAAAGAAAGCAAAUUGCUUGUGUUAAUUUCCAUUUUGUCACCCUUCGUGUUUUCGUUUAGUUAUUUGGGAACUACAUGUAUAUUUACAGUAUUUUUUUCUCGUUACGCACAGCUUGAAUCUUGCUUAUUUAAAUACUUUUUUAAUGUCACUUAAAAGAUCAAUUAUUACUCGGCAGUCUUUCUUGGUUUUCUAGAAACUUUUAAAUAGACCCAUAUAAUUUAGAGGUUGAGAUUUUUGCAAGCUGGAACUUUGUCCUUUGAAAUCACUGUUUCUGACUAUAAAAAACGUUCUAUCCAUAAAUAAACUAUUGUUUUCUCUGUGAUUAAUUUCUCUAGAGAAAAUGUUGUAAAAUCGUAAAACUGGUCUUAUUACUGUAAUCAGAAAUAGCCUGCUAGUGUGUGCGUUUAUCUGACUGAUGAGAAGGUGCCAUUCAUGUGUUUGUCAUGUAAAUACGAGUUUACUUGAUGGACAUUCGCAACGCCCAAAGUACCGCUGCAGGUCGCACACUAUUGGUGGAUAGUUGGUCACAUGAUCUGUCACUCGGUUGAUAUGUAGCCCAACAGAACUUUUGAGGUUUGACAUACUGCGCAGAGGUGGUAGGGCACUGGGAUAACACGACGACAUUUAUUGACCAAUCAAACAAUUACUG